UUAUCCUUAAAUAUAAUCAUUUUCUGGUCAUGCAAUAUAUUCAGACUUUUGCGAUCAGUUCAUUGUGGUCAAAUCAUUGUCAGCUCAGAUCGCGAUAACGAUGCCAUAGCGAUUUAUUGAAGAAAGAUUUAUUACAUACUGAACACCUUACUGAGCUUUUCUCUUAAUGUUUACUCAACAGGUCAUUAAGUUAGCGGUGACAAACUGGGACAAGCAAACGUGUCGACAGAGGAGGGACCAUGGCGUUCGAGGAGAUCAAGGACAUGGGGAUGGACGGAGACCGAGGCCUCGUUGCCGGCCGUAGCCAGAGAGAGAAGAGGAGGUCGUACAAAGAUCUGCUCAGAGAGGAAGAGGAGAUUGCUGCUCAGGUUCGGAAGUCUUCCAAGAAACGUCCCAAGGAUUCAGAACUUUUCAUGCUCGGAGGAGACUCGCAUAAAAAGAAGAAGAAACACAGUGACGACCACUAUUACAGAGAACACGAUCAUUCAGGUCCACCUCCUCAUAAGAAGAAGCACAAGUCUGCAGAUCGCUCUCCUACGCUCUCCUCCACUUCGUCCUCCCACCCGACAGAUACAGCCAUGGGCCUCCUGCAGGCGAUCACCUCCCCUCUGGCCACAGGCUCAGACCCCAGCCCCCACCUGCACAAGAAACCCUCCUACCCCUCCUUCUCCUCGCACUCCUCUAAGGACCGCAAACGCGAGGGCAGCAGCGGCGGCGGGAGCAAAGGGAGCCACUCCUCUCACUCCCGCCCCGCUUCCUCGUCGUCAUCUUCCUCUAAGAAGCACUCCUCCUCGUCCUCAAAGUCGUCUCUGUUCCACGGCGGAGCCCCGAAAGAGGAACCGUUGACGUUGCGAGAGGCCGACGGGCUGAAGAUGAAGCUCAUCAUGUCGCCGGAGAAAGAGGAAGGAGAGAGCUUCCCGUUCACGCCUCACUCGUCCAAAGGAGGCACGAAGAAAGAGAGGGAUCGAGACAGGAUGCAGGUCUCAAAGACGCCCAAGAAGAAACAGCAGCAGAGUCGAGAUCCGCUGCCCGUAGUGGGCAAAGAGGUGGAGGUGGAAGGUCAUUAUGGAGGAGGCAUGGGAGACGACAGCUCCUCAUCAGGGGGGGAGCUGGAGGCCGGUGAGCUGGUUAUCGAUGAUUCAUACACACACCUGUCGAAGAAGAAGAAGAAGAGCAAAAAGAGCAAGAAGAAAAAAGACAAAGAAAAAGACAGAGAUAAGGAGAAGAGUGGGAAGGACAAGAAGCACAGCAAAGGCUUUGGAGACUCCUCGAGGAGCCACAGCCACUCCCACCCCACUGUCACCCACAGCUCUGUGGGGCCGAUGUACGCCAUGGGCACGCCCGUCCCUCAACACCACCAUCCGGGCAGCGACGGAGUGCCAGAGAAGAAGAAGAAGAAGAAGGAGGAGAAAGAUCGGGAAAAGCACGAGAAGGAAAAAGACAAGCCCAAGAAGAAGAACACAACGGCCUAUCAGGUGUUCUGUAAAGAGUAUAGGGUCAACAUUAACGCAGAGCAGCCAGGACUAGUGUUUGGUGAGCUGAGCAAGAAGUUGGCCGAGGUGUGGAAGGCGAUGCCAGAAAAAGACAAACUAGUGUGGAGGCAGAAGGCUCAGUACCUGCAGCACAAACAGAACAAAGCGGAGGCCACCACGGUCAAACAUAAGAGUGCCAGCGAGGGCAAGAGCAAAGUUGUAGGAGCAGGAACGGGGAUGGUCUCUCCCAACAGAGCGCCCAGCAACCUGUCCCUGUCUCCAGCUCGAGUCCCUGAUGUAGAUCCCAUCGAUGCAGCGGCUCACCUGCAGCUCCUGGGGGAGUCCCUGUCUCUGAUUGGACACAGGCUGCAGGAAACAGAGGGAAUGGUGGCCGUGUCCGGGAGUCUGUCUGUCCUCCUGGACUCGAUCCUGUGUGCACUCGGACCGCUGACCUGUCUCACAGCACAGAUACCAAAGCUGAACGGAUGUCCUCGAAACGUCCUGUCUAAUACGUUGGAUAAUAUCGCCUACAUCAUGCCUGGGCUGUGAGCGACGGACUAAAUCAAUGUGAACUGAUGUGAACUCAGACGUCAGCGGGAGGAGUGACCCUUGGACUUUAACUUAAGCCACCGAUGACGUCUGAACGCUGAUAUUUUUAGUGUCGACAUGUUUUUAAAGUGUAUUUUUUUAAAAACCUAGUUCUCUUAAUUUUCUAAUUGUGAUAUUUUUUUAAAUGAAACAUUUUAUCGACCGUGUUAAACUCUGGGCACGUGAGCGUAGUUUUACCGUUACUGUACUGAGAGAUUCUGUGUGAUUCGGUUUGAAUGUGAAGCGUUUGUUUCGCUGUAACGUCGGUUUGUUUGUGUGACUUUCACAAUAUUAGGUUUUUUAUUUUUUUUAUGUACAGAAACAUUGAAGCUGUCGUCUUUGGUUCUCAUCAACAUAAUAUAUAUUUGACACCUGCUUAGUUUUUCUUGUACUCUGUAAAAAGUGAUGUUUUUUACAUUUGAUAUUUUAACGUGCAGCGUUUAGGUUCAGAGUUCACCAUAAAGAUUUAAUCAGGAGCUGUAGAGACAAAAAUCACCUCAAUAAAAUACCAUCUGUUCCUAAA